UUUCAAAGUACUAUAGUUGAAGAAAAUAAUCCCUCAUAUAUUUUGCUAAUUGCUCAGAAUUAAUGGAUUCUUUUGGAGAGGCAAUUGACAUAAAAAUGGAAAUAUUUGAGGCAAUUGAAGAUAACUAUGGAGGAGUUAUUGUGAACAUGAAGAAGGAGGAGCCUAUGGAUUCUCUUAAAUUUCAUACUAUGCUAAGGGUUUCCAUUUCCCAUUGGAAGCUAAAGGGGAAGAAGGGUGUUUGGAUUAAGUUGCCCAUAGAACUUGCUCAUCUUGUUGAUGCAGCAGUGAAGGAGGGAUUUUGGUAUCAUCAUGCAGAGGCAACAUAUUUGAUGCUUGUCUAUUGGAUUCCUCAUGAAAUACCUCAUACUUUUCCUGCUAAUGCUUCUCAUCGCGUUGGUAUUGGUGCUUUCGUCCUCAACGAACAAGGACAGGUGCUGGUUGUUAAAGAAAAUUCUGGAAAAAUCACUGGGACUUGGAAACUGCCUACUGGCGUUGUUGAUGAGGGCGAGGAUAUAUGUAUGGCAGCCGUUAGAGAAGUGCAAGAAGAGACAGGGAUUGAGACAGAAUUUGUUGAACUCCUUGCCUUCAGACAAAGCCACAAAUCCUUCUUUGGAAAAUCGGAUUUGUUCUUCAUAUGCAUGCUGAAACCACUCAGUUUCACUAUCAACAAGCAAGAUGCUGAGAUUGAGGAAGCUAAGUGGAUGCAAAUGGAAGAAUAUGCAAGUCUAUCAAAGUUGAACCAAAGUGAACUCUCCAAAAUUAUAGCCAAUAUAUGUGUUAGCAAGAAAGAGAAUCAGUACGCUGGCUUCUCUGCUCUUCUUACUACUGGGCAUUCUGCCAAGAAGUGCUAUUUAUACUCUAAUAAUAUAUAAUAUAUGAUACUCACAAUAAUUAUAAUUCUCUUUUAUGCAUAUGUUUGCAAUAAGAAUAAUUAUAUGUAUGUUUGCAAUAAGAUUUUUCCAUUAGGAAGAAUUAAAAUCUAGACUAAGGUUGUAGUUUGAUCAUAUGUAAUGUUUUGGCAAUACAUAAGCCAUAUUGAUAUUUGGAAAUAAAAUAAUUAUUUGGGUC